GAAGUUAUAUACUUUAAAUUUACUUAAAUAUUGCGUAAUGAUAUUUCUUCAACUAAUAUGAAUUGAAAGAAACCCACACGAUUGUAAAGCAAUUUUUGAGGUUAUGAAACUGACACGUACAACAAAAGUAAGGUGUUUAAAAAUAUUUAAGUGAUAUUACAAAUAUUUUGUAUAAAAAUCGCUGAGAUCUAGACUGUAUUUAAUGUAAUUAAUAAAUAAACAAUGGAUUUUGAAACAGAAAAAGUUAUUGAAUUAGUAUUUCCAGAAGGAAUACCAGAUAAUUGGAGAGAUAAUCCUGAUUUUUAUCAGUAUUUAACAAAACUUGGAGGAUUGAAUGUGGAUCAAUUGAGUAAGGAACCAGAUCAUCUUACCGAUGAGAAAAAUACAGUACUUCAGAGUACUCAAGAAUUAGCAUUUUCUAAUUACAAAACCUUUAUCCAAACUGCUGAAAGCUCAAGAGAAAUUUUUCAUCAGUUCAAUCAAACUGAAAACCAUCUGGAAAAUUUACUGGAAAAAAUCCCCAAAUUCAUUGAUAAAUGUCAAUCGUUUUGUGAUAAAUCUAAGGAAAUUAAUACUCACAGACGUUUAAACAGUUUAACAUUAAAGAAGAAUGCAGAAAUGUUAGAGAUCCUGGAGAUGCCACAGCUCAUGGAGACAUGUUUGCGUAAUAGUCAAUACAAUGAAGCUUUAGAGUUAUCUCAAUAUGCUCGUCAGUUAGGAGUAAAGCAUUCUGACAUUCCUAUUAUCCAAUCUAUUGUUGAAGAAAUUGAAAACAGUUGGUCUGGAAUGGUAGGACAAGUUGUAGGAUCGCUUAGAGGAGACUUACCUCUUCCAAAGUGCCUUCAGCUAGUUGGACUCUUACGAUCCAUGGAUGCAUUCACAGAAGCUGAACUUCGUAUUAAGUUUCUUCAAGCAAGAGAUAGCUGGUUACAAGGUCUACUCAAUGCCAUACCUAAAGAUGAUCCUAAUUUUCAUCUUACAAAAACAAUUGAACUGUCUAGGAUCCAUUUGUUCAAUGUAAUCACUCAAUAUAGAGCAAUGUUCAAUGAUGAUGAUCAUUUGGUAUUAAAUAGAGAUGCUAUUAUUAAUGAAUCUGCAAUUUUUUCUAAUUGGUUAGAAGAAAAAAUAUCACAAUUUCUUACAACAUUAAAGAAUGAUUUACCAAAUGUUACAUCGAUUGAUUCUAUUUUGGGUCAAUGCACAUAUUUUGGCCUAUCUUUUGGUAGAGUUGGAGCAGAUUUUACAACACGAAUGUCAGAUAUAUUUAUUCAGGUUGUCAGUAAUAAAUUUCAAAAAAAUAUUCACCAAGCAACAAAAAAAUUUGAAAAGGAUAUGGAAACAUUUACAUUAAUUAAUAAAUUGCAUAGAACAGAUUUAAAGAAUGAUGCUCCUAUUAGAUCAGAUAAUCCUCCAGAUCAAUUAGUUGAUUUUUAUCCAUUAGCAGAGUAUUGUAAUGGUUUAAUAUCAACAUUUAAUGAAUUAAGAUUAUGUCCUCCAGUAGCACUAUCGGAAUUCUGCGUGUCUGUGAUUGAAGAAUCAUUAAGUACUGUUGCAAAAGGCAUUCUAAUGUUUUAUAAACAGGAGCAACAAGCUUUUACGGUCACAGAAAGAGAAAAUAUGGUUAAAUUUGUGGAAUGUUUUAGUGAUUAUUUAGUUCCUUACGUUCAAUAUUGUAUACAUGCCAUUUUUCCUCAAAAUCAAAUUGCAUCUCAUCUUGGAAUAACUAUCACUCAAUUACAGAAAGAGGGAAUUACUUAUUUAAAUAGAAAAAGUAUAUUAGAGCCUUUAAUGUCAUUAUUGCCUAUUAAAAGUAUGAUUCAAGAAUCAUUCUUUCCUUCGACAAUUACUCCAUCUGAAGUUUCUAAUCAACCUACUUCAGAUGCAAUUACAGCAAAAGCUUCAUCCAAUCAAGAAAACAUUCAAAAACUGGAUAAUGUAGAUAAAAAUUUAGAAAAUGUAUCCAUUACUCUAGAGGCUCAGGAAAAUGAUGAAGAAAAAAAAACAAACACAGAAGAAGAGGCGUUAAAUGUUAGUAAAAGAGUUGAAGAAAAUAUUGACAACCAAAGCUAAUGGAAAAGUUGAAUAUUAUUCAUUCAUGUCGUUUUUUUUAUUGUAAAUAAAUAUUUGUUUAUUAACCAAAUCAAUUAUUUAAUGUGUUACAUUUUAUCACGAUGUAACUUUCACUUGAAAUGGCUGAUAUAAAUUUACAUGUUUUUACAUAGUGAAGUGUGCUUAGAACAAUAAUACUUAACAAAUAAAUUUUGUUAACUAAAAAAAAAUAGUAUGAUGACAAAAUAAAUA